AUGGCCUCGGACGAGAUGGAACUCGACGACCCGGUGCAGCAAGGAGGGCCCACCGACGCUUCUUUCUCCUCCAACAACGACAACAACAUCAGCUCGGCCAAGCUGGCCGCCAUGCAGACGCACACCAAGGCGACGGCCGUGCGCUCUAUCGAAGGGUGGAUUGUCAUGGUGACCAACGUGCACGAGGAGGCCGACGAGGAGGCCAUCCACGACAAGUUUGGCGAGUUUGGCGAGAUCCGCAACGUGCAUCUGAAUCUGGAUCGGAGAACGGGGUAUGUCAAGGGCUACGCGCUGAUCGAGUACACGACCCUCGAAGAGGCGCGCGCAGCCAUCGACGGCGCGCAUAACACGCAGCUGCUUGACCAGACGGUGCAAGUGGACUUUGCCUUUGUGCGGCCGCCUCCGGAUAUGACGUGCGCUGCGACGACGAUUACGACCACUCCACGCGGGAGUCUGUCGCGAGAAACAGAGGCCGAGCCGCUCACACGAGAUGUAUUACAGAAACCCAGCCGAUGUGUCGGAGACAGGGAGACCAGACACGUCGGCAUCUUGCCAUAA